AUGCUAUGGCAGGUCGAGCAGGAUGGCGCACUUCAUGACAGGACGGCACUGUCCUUCCGGGAGUUCGUCUGGCUCAUCGUGACCUUCAGAGACGGGAAGGCGCCCCCCGCCCGCGACCCGCAGCAGAGGGCGCGGGACAAGGACGAGUGGCGCGAGUUCUUCGACUUCAAGGACUUCGAGCUGACCAAGUACACGGCAGAGUUCCGGAAGCGGGACCGCGACGGGAGCGGCACCAUCUCUGCAGAGGCCCUGGCCGCGCUCCUGGACACGACUGUGCUGGCCAACUCGCCCGUCGACGACAGACAGGCCCUGCGGCAGGCGCUCCUCGGGCGGCCGCCACCCGCUGAGGGCGUCGGCCUGCAGGGCGUGCUGAGGAUCGCGCGUGCGGUGCAGGACCACGUCGAGUGGUGCAACGUGGCCAAGGAGUCCGCCGCCGCGAAGGCCUGCAGCUUCUCGCCGGCCGACGUGGAGGCCAGCCGCGAGAUCUUCAAGAGUUUCGACUCCAGCGGCGUGGGCCUGAUCCUCCACGAGGACCUCCUCGAGGCCCUCUGGGGCGUCGUGCAGGGCGCGCGCCGCCCAGAGGCGAUGGGGCGCCGCACCACCCGGCGCACGGUGGCGUCGGCCCCGGAGGGCACCGGCGUGCCCAGCGCCCGCGACGCGCGCCUCAGCCCCGGCGCCGUCGCCGCGCACCGGGAGCGGAGGCCCCCCGUCCUGGAGGAGAUGCCGCUGGAGGAGUCGGAGAGGCUGCAGGGGUGGCUGCAGGAGGCGGACACGGACGGCAGUGGUUGCAUCGACUUCGCCGAAUUCUUGCGCCUGAUGUACAUCGUGCAGCGCGAGAACUGGUGCAACAUCAACAGGGCCGCCGAGAGGGUCCUGGAGGCGAACGUGCAGGCCGUGCGCCGUCUCAACACGGCGCCGCUGAAGGCGGGGGCGCCGAUGCUGGAGGAGGCCGAGGCCGACGCCGCGCCGUCGGCUCCGGACGAGGCGCUCCAGAACGACGCCUUCCGUCUGCGCGGCCACGGCCUCGCCGCGCAGGUGGGUAAGACGCCCAGCCAGACCAGGCGCAACGCGGUGGUGAAGCGCGCGGAGAACAUGUUCCGCAUGCAGAGGGUCAGCGUCAAGAAGAGGGCCUCCGUCGCGGCCUCCUUUGCGUCCCCGGACCCCGGCGCAGCCGCCGCCGCCCCUGGCGUCGCGGCCGCUCUCGGCGUCCGUCGCAGCCCCCGGCGGUCCCCGGCGGCGUUCGGCGGCCCUUGGCUGCGGUUCGGCGGCGACGAGUCGUCGAAGGGCUCGCGGGGCCCCUGCGCAGACAGGACUUUGCUAGCCACGACGCUGCCAGACCUGGCGGGGUAA